AUGUCUGUCUCUGAGCCACAGUCUUUGUUCCUUAGAUUACCUCCUGAAUUGAGGCUUGACAUCUACAAGCAAGUCCUCCUUCAUGAUCCGCAUUCCUUUGCAAGCACCAAGCCUGCUCUCCUUCCUACCUCGAUAGACUACCACGAAGGCCAUCACACCGCAGCGAGCCAUGUAGAGCCGAACACUGCCACUCUAUCCAUCCGUGCCGAAGAUCCAGUCAACUACAAAUCGCGUGCUCCUGAACAUGUACGCAGUGCCUUCUUCGUCCGCUCUGGCGGCCUGCGCCCUGGCUGCGUGCCUACAACCUAUUUCUGCGUUAGCAACUCGGGUAUUUACACAUCCCUACUACGAGCCAACGCUAGAAUCUAUGCCGAGGCAGUCGAAGUCUUGUACUCAAACCACGUCUUCGACUUCGACAUGCACAUCGAGGCCUUUGUCGGCUUUCUAGGAGAUCUGACUCCUUUCGCACGAAAUUGUAUACGAUCGAUACGUCUGGUAAAACGCGCCUUGCCGUACGACAAAGAAUAUUCAAAAGCAGAAUGGGCAAUUGCUAUGGGGUGGUGUGCGAGACUUCCUAGUCUAAGGUCGUUAUCGCUAGGUAUCGUUGCAGGAAGACCCGGUCCAGAUGGUUGGGACUUGGUUCCUGCUUUUAAGCCGAAAGAUUUCAACAUUCUCAGGGGUACAGAAGGAAUGGAGUGGAUUGAAGAGCUGCUUGCUGUGAAGGGACUGGACCAUAUUGCAGUUGAACCCAUUGUCGUGCAUAGCCCGUUUCCAAGAAGCGCAGCAAUGGCACGUUAUAUCCAGUUCUCGGCGAGUAUCGACGACGGGUCAUUUGAAGCCUGGUUGAAGGACAACAUGAUUGAGAGAGCAUAA